AUCCUGGCCGUAGUCCCCAAACGAGUUUUGCAGCAUUUCCUGUAUGAAAUAACAACGCACGACUCUGAUAAAACAUUGCAUCUGUGCAUUGCAGCACCGGUUCUGCAGCAGUAAGUUAAUGUGCGUCGUCUAAAUGCAUGGCAUCUAAAUUUAGCAACCGAGCAGUGGGGGAAUUUGGCCGGACACUGCAGCUGUUGACUCGGUCAACUGUGCUCGUCGAAGCGGGGCCACCGAUGUGGCUGUUGGUGUUGGGCCACCAAGUCGCAGGUGGUUUGGCGUAAAGGAGCUAGCAAAGCUGACGUACAGAGCACGUGCUGCACGUUUUUACCCAACAGAAGUGCGUGUGUGAAUGUACAUGCCUUCUUCAACCUGUCUCUUAUUGUAUACAUUAAACUAAACAAGAUUUCACACACAGCUUUCUUGGUGAUCAACAUUGGGGGGUGACUGCAGUUUAAUUGUGGUUGGAAAUGAAUGCUACCGUAAUCACCACACCAGCAGAAGACCCUUAACAAAAAUGUAAUCCUGGCGCAAUUAAGAAACUGCCCUGGCUUUUGGAUCUUUGCUCCAGAUUAUCCCUCCUUUGGGCUCAAGGAUCCAGAUUUGAAGCAAUUAUGGGCUGAGACUUGAGCAGUGGAAAAAAGCCACCUGUUUGUUUGCACACUCGUCUGCACCCAAUUGAAAAUCCCCAAAGAGCGUGAGUAAGGAAAAAGGUCCUUUCUGUGAGGAAUGUGUGGUUAUGUCGGUGGAGAGGGAAUUCAACACCCCGAUGAUGUCAAAUCAAGAUAUCCAUGGGAUCUUAAAAAGUCUAAAAUGCAAUCAUUUGAAUUUGAAAGGUCUUACAUGUAUCUUACAUGUAUAUGUAUUGUUGAAGAUGAAACAUAACUAAUAGCUGGCUUCAAAACAAACAACUGAAUUGAAAGCACAAGUUUUAUUCAUUAUGAUCUUAAAAAGUUACAUUUGAUUUGUUGUAAACCUGCAAAGACCCUGAAAAUAGGCUACUAUGACUCAAAGUGCUAUUAAACCCUUUGUUUACAUGUCAAUGGCCUACUUAAAGCCCGGUGAUGUGAGCUAUUGUUCAACACAGAUAAGUUUUAGUUUUGGUCUCUUGGUGACAAUACAUCAGUGUAUUUGUACAUAAAAACAUUAGCGUAUAGUUUUAUAGCAUUAUAGUUCCCAUGUAAACACUGAAAUACCCAACUUUGGACUUGCACAUAUGCAAAUAUAUCAUGUAAGGCUGCCACUCAAGAUCAUCUUUUUCACUGAAGUGUACAUUUACUUUGACCAGUAACUCAAAUAUACAGCAAUUAGUGUGAACACAAGAAAUAAGCAAUACCGGGAGGACAGGCUCGUCCAAAAAAACACCAAAACAAACGGAAGGCACACAUAAGUGUUAGUUUAGUGGUGAAUCACACCGUCUGUGACUCCUUAUAUCCUUUUUAAAUGUACAUUUUCUACUGACCUGGCAGUUGUAUUGCAGCGUAAUUAGGCCUGUCACGAUAACAAAUUUUGCUGGAUGAUAAUUGUCCUACAAUUAUUGCUGAUACGUGUUAUUGUGAACAUUAUUUUAAGACCAUUUUUUCAUGAAUGUAAUGCAAAUAUAUGGUAUAAUAACAGGAGUACACCGUAUCAAAAGCAAUAAACUAAUUUCUCAAGAGUAUUUAACAUUGGAAUGUCAAGAGCUUUAAAAUAAUAUAAAUUAAACAUGCGCAGAAACAUAAAACAAUAGUAAAACAAUAGUUCCCAAAGUGUACUAGAAAAAAUAGAUUAGCAAACUGAAAUGUAACUGGUAUCAUCGGCACUACGCUGUAUUUCUGAUAUUGAAUCAGUCACUUUUAUUGUCUGACUAGUGACCGAAAAAAACGGAGAAACAAUCCGUAAAUACUCUGAAGUUGACAUUGUGUGUCAAAGCAGACAUCAGCUCAUUUGCAUAUACACUUGACAGACUUCUAGCAACAUUGUGUAUGGAAUACGCUGUUUACGUUUUAAUGAGAUGUUUUGUGGUAGUUUGGGCACAGUGCAUGUUAUGGAUGCAGCACAAUGCGUUUGAUGCGCAGCAAGGUGUUAUUCUUGGGGAAUCGUGGCAGCGGAAACGCACGUUCCACUGUUUUGUAUUAUUUAUUUCAUUGUCUUUUGUCAUACACUUUUUCACGUCACAAAACGACAAUGCACAAACAGGCUGAAAUUGACAACAGGCACCAAGAAAGUAUUCAUUCGUGUAGCAUGCGACACACACAGCUAGCAAGUCGCUAGCGCGUAGUGCCCCGCUUCUCCUCAGUGGGACAAAGAGACUGAAUGACUGACAGGCGGGUUCACCUACUCCAUUCAUUCCACUACAGAACCCGCCCAGGUUUUGACACAGAUGCAGAGUGAACUCUGUAGUCAUCCAGCUGGUCGGGUGGGGAGCGAGAGGAGGAAAACAAGCACAUGCUCAUGUCAAUAGAUUGAAGCCGGCAAAAUGAUCCCCUUAUUUUGUAUUAAUUGAUUUAUUGAUAUUGUGACAGGCCUACAUGUUAUCACACUCCUACUAAUACCUUUUAUGCUACAACUAUGCCUGCUACAUUUGUUUGCUUCUAGUGUGCUACAGCCUUCAUAUUUUUUUUCUAUCUGCUGCAGUCGGACACCCUUGCUCUAGUUUAGAAAGCUCUAUAGUCCGUUGUUGGAGCAAAUUACAUUUUCCCUGCUUCCGUUACUUGGAUAUGCACACAGUAGUAGUUACUUUGAAGGCAGGCCUCACUCUGAGAAGAGCGACUCAACGACAGUGCUUUCCCGCCCAUUUGCCUUAAAAAAAAAAAAAACAGUCCCACCCCCUUGUUUCAUAACACUGUCUUCCCUGUGUGUGAAGCUCACACAGUAGUAGCUCUAGCGGGGAGACGGCUUGAAGAGUAAGAGGAUCUACCCGCCUGACUGCUGUGACCAGAAGGGGAGCGACAAGUUAUUCAUUACGGUCAACAAGGCAGCCAACAUGGAGGAAGAGUCUAAACAAAGAAGAAUGACCAUGGAUUUUUCCCAACUGCACACAUACACGCCGCCACAGUGUGCUCCAGAGAACACCGGCUAUACCUACUCCCUCAGCUCCAGCUACUCAACAGCAGCGUUAGAGUUUGAGAAGGAGCACCAGAUUGCUCCUGUGUACGAGUCGCCCAGGAUGUCACGGCGGAGCCUGCGUCUGCAAACCAGUGCCAGUCACCAUGGCAAUGACAGCCUGGUUGACUACACACAGAACCAGAACCAGAGCCACAGCAGCUACGCUACCAAGAGAGAGUCACGGACACUGCGGAGUCGAAAACUGCAGGCCUCUUCCAACUCUUUGUCGUUGUCCCUGAGCCAAGCUGCAACUCCAAGGAAAACCCUCAACUUCUCAGCUCUUAGUACGCCCAUUAACAGCAGCAGAAGAAUUGAGGAAAGCAAAGCUGCCACGUCUGAUGCCUCGUCGUACGCGACCGUGAUGGAUCAGACUCACCUGAGGCAGCGCACCAUCACUACAACCACGACCACCACAACCGAAGAUGGCAUCUGGGGCAAGACCUCUCACUCUGAGCACAGCUUGUCAAGCGUCAACGGCGACAUCAGCGCGUCAAACUCUCACGCGACGCUCGCCAACGGUUACAUCUGCCACGACUGCUCCUUUCACUCUCAACAAAUGGACGCCCACACCGCACGUUCUCCCUCGCCUCCGUCAUCAACAUCGCACGCCGCAGACGUCUCGGCUGCGGCUGCGUUCUCCUGCUCGACGUCGUCACCGUUCACAACUAUAUACUCCAGGGACAGGAGUCACAAGAGCAAGACGGGUGUUCUCACGUCCGUGUCUAAUACGUGUGUGCGCUUGAGCAAAAGAGUCCUGGCUCCUUUUGUGUCCUUCUUUACUUCUCUGUACAGCAGCGUGCUCUGGCUGUCUGCACGGACAAACAUCUCACAAGGAAGAGGUACACCACAAGACCCCUUUUUAUGUUUGCUGAAGGACGCCGACAGUGUCUUUGCUUCAUGUACCAACUCUCUGAGGCGGACAGUGUCCUCCAGUUUGUCUCAAGUGCGGCUGUUAAAGCAAAACACUCUCGGCAGAAUGAUUGGCAGCAGGUCGAAAGACUCUCAAGUACAAGCUCACUCCAGCUUCUGUGGGAGCAUGAAUGUAAAAGAUCUGGUGAAGGAAGAUGCAUCACAUGUCAAUCUCAAUGGUUCCCUGUGUGACGACUGUAAAGGCAAGCAGUAUUCUGAGACACACACCGUCCUCCUCACACAGUCCUCCAGGUCGCAACGCCUGGUGGGGGCGCUGUGGAGCCUCCUGGCUUACACAGGUUACUGCCUCCUCCAGCCAGGUUAUUUGGUGGUGAGAGGGGCUAAAGCUUUGGGCUCAGGUGUCGGGACGGUGACACAGCGGAUCCUCACACUGCUAUGGAUGACCGUAGCAGCACCAGUGAAGGCGGGCCAGAGUCUGCUGUGGUUCCUUGCCACUGGGUGGUACCAGCUCGUGUCCCUCAUGUGUCUACUCAACGUCUUCUUUCUGACACGAUGCCUUCCCAAACUCUGGAAGCUUCUUCUGCCCCUUCUGCUCCUCUUGGCUUUGUGGCUGUGGGGUCCGUCCACCGGUGUCCUGCUUGCCUACCUUCCAGCCGUGAACCUCACCGAGUGGCGUCCUUCCUCUCCCCUCACCUUCCUGUCCAACUUGGUGCCAGCUUCUGCUCCAGUUCCUGAGUCUCCACUUGUUCAGACACUUGGUGUUCUCAGUGAGCUUCAUGAGCCAAUUGUUGCCCCGAGUGUGGACUUGGAACGCCUCGAGCGAUUGGAGCGCCAGCUAGCCCUGUUGUGGGAACGAGUCCAACAGAGUGACCAGAAGCAGGAGCAGCAUCGCACCAACAUAGCGGGUCUGUACCACACCCUGAGGGAGAAGCUCCACACACAGACCGACAGGGAGAGGCUGGGCCUGUGGGUGUCGUCCCUGCUGGAGCAGAGGUUGGACGUGCUGCGAGGAGAGCUCAAACAGGGCAACGUCCGCAGAAUGCAGAGCGAGGAGCAGCUGAAAGUGCUUCAAGAGAGUCAAACAACACGCUUAGCUGAUUUGGAAUUGCUGCUCAGCACUUUGGCUGCCAAGACUGAGGAGGUGCAGCAGAAGCAGCAGCAGUAUGAAGUUGAGAAAGAGAACAUGGAAAAGGAGUUUGUCGCUCCAGUGCAAGACACCCUGAGUGUGGGUGUGCAGCGGGAGGACCAUGAUGCUUUGCUGGCAGAGGUGCAAAGACUUGAGUUGGACUUGGGACGAAUCAGGCAGGACCUGCAGGGUGUCAUGGGAUGUAAGGGCAAGUGUGAGCAGCUGGGCUCGCUGCAGGAGACGAUAACAGCGCAGGUGUCCUCCCAAGUCCGUAAGGAGUUGCAGGCUCUGUUCUACGGCGGCGACUCGUCAGGAGAGAGUCAAGGGGAGGUUCCAGAGUCUCUGGUCCUGUGGCUUUCGCAGCGCUAUGUGAGCACGCCUGACCUGCAGGCAUGGCUUACUGCGCUGGAGCAAAGCAUCCUGAGGAACGUUUCCAUGCAGCUGGAGCUUCAAGGAGCUCAGACCCUCAGCGAGGUGGAGUCCAAGGCCAAGUCUUUUGCUCGCACAGUGACCGGCUCUGUGCAGAGUGCUGCCUCUGCUGAAGGACUCACGGAAGAGCAAGUAAAACUGAUUGUCCAGAAUGCCCUGAAGCUCUACUCUCAGGACAGGACUGGUCUGGUGGACUAUGCCCUGGAGUCUGGAGGCGGCAGCAUCCUCAGCACUCGCUGCUCUGAGACCUACGAGACCAAGACGGCCCUCAUGAGUCUCUUUGGCCUCCCGCUCUGGUACUUCUCCCAGUCUCCUCGAGUUGUCAUCCAGCCUGACGUGUACCCGGGUAACUGCUGGGCCUUCAAAGGCUCGCAGGGUUAUCUCGUGAUCAGGCUUUCACUAAGGAUCACACCCACGUCCUUCUGCUUGGAGCACAUCCCCAAAGCCCUGUCCCCGACUGGAAACAUCACCAGUGCCCCCCAGAACUUCACAGUCUUUGGUCUGGAUGAUGAGUAUCAAGAGGAAGGGGAUUUGCUUGGUCGCUACACUUACCAGGAAGACGGCGAAUCAAUGCAAACCUUCCCCGUUCAGGAACCGACUGAUAAGGCCUUCCAGAUCAUAGAGGUGCGAGUGUUGUCUAACUGGGGGCAUCCAGACUACACCUGCUUGUAUCGCUUUAGAGUCCACGGAGAGCCACGGCCUCAGUGAACCAACUACCACUACACACACACGCUAUAUAUAUAAAAAUCUCAAGAAAGCACCCAACCUGUCUGUACAUAGCUCUACCAACGCCUGAACGAACGACUCUCUGAAGUUCUUGAGGAUGUUUAUAUGAGAGAAUACACUAAAGAAGUUGUGGAUCAGGUGGGUUAGUAUCACCGAAAGAAUGACAAGGACAUGGGAACAGAAGAACACAAGAACAUUUGCAAAGUCCUAAUCUGGGGUGGGGGUGGGGGUUUGGGUUUCUUCUUGCACUGAAUGAACACACAAGACUCAUCAAGUCAAUUGAAAAGGAAUUUGGACAUCUUGCAUCUGAUUCUGAUUUGGGGUGUGUUCUUUAUCACCCAUAAUAAAUGUUUCUUUCAUGUUUUUGUUUGGGUGGCUCCGCAUCACACAUCAUCGCAGAUAAACUUUUUUUAGUUUGUUUUUUGCCAGAGGCUCUGAAUGUUUUUCUACUUUUGGAUGCGAGUCACCCUUUAAGCGCACUGCAGCACUACAAACCACUGACCCCAAGAGCUCUGUACAUUAGCCAGCAUUGAUAAAGCAUCUGUCUGUCUGUCUGCGUGCGUGCAUUGCGUGCGUGCGUGUGUGUGUGUGUGUUUAUGGACGGACUCUGAAGGAUUGCAGCCAGCAUGUGGUUCUUCCUGACCCAAUACUUUUUAAAAAUGUACAUUUUCAUGAGAUUUCUCUGAAAGUCAUGUGCCUAGAUCUCCAUUUGGCAAUCACAUUAGAAAGGUUCAGCUCCAAUUGUUUUUUUUUCUACCAUCAAGGUUAAGAUGGUCAGGCUCCUUUUUUCUCAGCUUCCCUUUAUCAGAUACCCAGACAGAAUGUAAUCUUUCCAUUUUAUUGUCCAUAUAGUUGGUAUUUCAUUGUAUUUGCUUUUAUCAGCGUUGAUUUAUAUUAAAAAAACACAUCCUUAUUCAGCUAACCAUUAUUUCCACUGUUUUGUAAGGAUGCACUGCAGAUGUUGACGUCAGUUUGUUUAAAAAAAACCUUAGAUUUUGACUGCAAAUAUAAGAGGAAGCCUAAAAUAUGUACAAUUGUGUUUUUUCAGUCCUAUUUAUUAAGUCAAUUGGUGACUGUUGAUUCUGAGUUCAUGCAAUGUAUAUUUUUGUCUAAAAGCUCUUCAGUGCAUUUUGGAAGCAUCAUGGGAUUUUUUCUUUUUUAAGAAAUUGCUAUUUUUGUUCUGUCAUAAGACAAAUGCUUUGGAAGAUAUUCCAAUAAAGAAUUUAAUUUUGAACAUUCA